AUGGCGCUUGCUCCCCGGUCGUCUCUUCGCUCGCUGGUGCUGCUCAUGUCGCACGGGAAGCCCCAGCUGAGCGCUUUUUUCUCCUCCGCCGCCACCACCGCCGCGCCCAAGGCCGCGAAGCCUCCAGCAGCUCCAGCCGGUGAUAGUCCGGCCACCGACCCUCCAGCCGCUGCAGCUUCGUCGUCUGGAUCUGGCUCGACUCACAGCGCCCCUCUGGAAUGCCCAAGCAGAAGAUUUAGACAUGUUGAACUUGAACCUGAACCUGAGGGCUCAUAUCACACACUUGGACAUGAAACUGACAAGAUUCCGCCUGGCGCCACCAAGGAUCCGGAGGGCCCAAUAUCCGAGGGCUCAUGCGGCACGCCUCAACCUGUAUCGGACGAUCCACAGCCUGGACCUCGCAAAGACCCGAGGCACAGAGUUCCUGAAGACCCGUAG